AUGGAAAGAAGACUACUAAAGAAGGAAAUGAAAAAACUCCUGGGAGAUUAUAUUGGCAUCAGACUUCGGGAAAAUGAAUUUGACCCAAAAGGAAGAAGGCAACUCACCUUUCUAGAUGAUAUGGCACACUAUGACUUGGCCAUCAAUGUUGCUUUGCAGUGGCUGGAUCACUCAGAAGACUUAACUUGGCUGCAGUGGAAGAAAGUGAAAAUGCCAUUUCGGGGUAGACCCAUAUAUCCAAACCACAGAGAACGAGAAGCAAUGAUUUUAUCAUCUUAUGCUGGAAUCUUAAUGAACAGUAUCCCAAUUGAGGAAGUCUUUAAAAUUUAUGGGGCUGAUUCUUCUACCAAUUCUGGUGCUACCAAGGUUCCCAGAGCUCCACCCUUCCACCUCUCCUUGCACCCUUUUGCCAUGUUAACAGCACCCAAAGCAGCAGAAUAUGCCCGCAAACAGAGUGUCAAGUUAAGAAGGGGAGCAACGAAUCAAAAUGCCACCAGCAGCUCUACAAAGGAAACAAAUGUCACAGAAUGGAAACCAUAA